AUGGCCGGCAUGCUCGAUUCCGACCGCUCACGUUCACGACGAGAAAGGACGUUUGUUGGAGGGGAAUGCGCUGCUUGCGAAGAGCUACUCGAGCAUACAUUGAGGGGGGAGAGGGUUCUACAAUUUUCCUGUGGCCAUGUCGCUCACGAGGCUUGCUUCUACGAAUACAUCCGCGACUCGGAUUCGCAAUAUUGCCCAACAUGUGACGCUCCAUUGAGCCUGGAUUCCUUCCGCGGCGGCAGUAUUCUGGAUCUAACCAAGUUGAGUAAUAUGGUUCGAGCCGUCGCCUCUAAAGAUGUAUCUUCACCAAGGAGCUCGCAAAACACACCCAUGCCUUGGGAAGCCGGCAGCAGACAAGUUGUCCAGGAUGACGCCUACAGCUCACAGGGAAUGAGCGAGAGACUCAGCCGCGAGAACACCAACCGAGACAGUCGAGACAGCCAAAGGAUGCGCAUAGAACGCCUCGGCAUCGGCCAUGGACUUCACGGAUCACAGACUCAUUCACGCAAUGACAGCGGCAAUGCCUCCUCGAGCGACUAUGCCAAUGACCAUGCCGGCCAUCCACGAAAGCAUGAUUAUGAUCUCCACGCCAUGGAAACCACUGUUCCGGGAACUCAGACCAAAGACAUGAAGCAACCUAUCCCGGUCCCCAUUGUAACAGUUCGCAGUGAGUAUCCGACGUUGACUCGAUCACGCCAGCAGCAGACCGUCACUUGUCUCGUUACCAUUGAAGUCCCCGAAGGCAAAUUCCAUGGACAGUUGGAUGAAAUGCAGAAUACGCCCCCGGUUCCUCCCCUCCCCAGCGACUCUGGCGUCGGAAUUCCAGCGAUGCAUAGGCACCAAGACAUUCAGCAGGCACCUCUCGCGUACGAACCUUCAGAGAUCCUCGACGAAAUCACCGAAGAGCUUAGAAUGCGGGUGGACAACUGGCACGGGCUUGAAUUUCAGAGAUUUGGAAAGUUACGCUUGCAUAGUGUCAUCCGAGUUGGCAAAGACCGUCACUCAUGGCAAGAGCUUGAGUGUUAUCUAUUCGGGGAGAUGCUCAUUUGCGUGAAAGAGAAGAAGAACGCCCAGCCUCCGUUGAUAACGGAAUCUGGGCGCAAACUGACGAGGUGUACUUUGAAAGGCUCUAUUCUGAUCAAGAAACACUUGCGGCAAGUACAUGCAUCUCCAGACGAGUGCAUUUUGACUCUGAACCUGUCGGUCGCAGAGCUGCCAACUUUUCAUCUUUUGUUUCAGGACCGAGACAAGCUGGAAAUCUGGCAACGAGCCUUGCGAGACCUACACGCCACGGAACCCUCACCGCGUUUCAAUCCGGACUACGAACCAGAUACCUCGGGCACCGAUGAAGAAGAAUAUGGCCGUCAGAACCGAAAUGUCCGUCGUGUACCCUCCGUUGCAUCGUCCUACGGCGGCCCAAGGUCGGCCACUACAGCAGCCACUGAAUAUUCUAUGCCAAAGAAUGUUGUCGACAGGCGGGUUCCUCCAUCGCUCCACGUACCGAUCGACAUUGUUGUCGUCAUUCCAGUAUCGUCUUCUAUGCAAGGUCUGAAGAUCACAUUGUUGAGGGAUACGCUACGCUUCCUGGUCCACAAUUUGGGCGACCGGGACCGGAUGGGUCUCGUUACAUUUGGUUCAAGUGGUGGAGGAGUACCGGUUGUUGGAAUGACCACCAAGACUUGGAGUGGAUGGAACAAAGUCCUCAAUUCGAUCCGUCCCGUCGGACAGAAGAGUUUACGCGCGGACGUGGUUGACGGUGCCAACGUGGCAAUGGAUCUCUUGAUGCAACGCAAAGCAGCAAAUCCGAUCUCGACCAUCCUCUUGAUCAGCGAUUCCUCGACUUCAGAAAUGGAAGGCGUGGAUUUCGUUGUUCAGAGAGCCGAAGCUGCAAAGGUCGGUAUUUACUCUUUUGGUCUUGGACUUACCCAUAAGCCGGAGAGUAUGCUUGAACUGUCGAGCCGCACAAAAGCAUCGUAUCUUUAUGUGAAGGACUGGAUGAUGCUUCGUGAAUGUGCUGGCGGCGUACUGGGCGCGCUUCAAUCAAUAUCUCACCAGAACGUGAAGCUGAAGCUCAAGUUGCCAGAAGGAUCCCCUGCAAAAUUUGUUAAGAUCAACGGUGCUCUGCAGACGACCAAGAGAGCCACUGGCCGAGACGCUGAAGCGAGCUUGGGAGACUUGCAUUUUGGCGACAAACGAGAUGUACUGGUGCAGCUGGUGAUUGAUCCGGACACAUCGACCUCAGAGCCUGCUCCACAGGAUGCUUGGGAAUCUAUUGUGUCUGGUCUCGAAGCUCUGGGUGGCUCACUCGAUACGGACGACCAGAGGAUUCAAAGCGUUGAGGAAUUGCCAUUGAUCCAGGCCGAUCUGUCCUUUGGCGACCUCCACCGAGAAGGAUCCAUGGUACAAUUGCCCCGGCCAUCACUGCUAACUAUCACCAUGUUACCUUCGAAUCGACGUUCUCGCCAGAAUGGAAGGCCGCCAACGCCUCCCAUCCCUCCCCAUCCAUCCAUAGUUCAAAGGCGUAUGGAGUUGUUGACGUCCGACAUGCUGAGCCGCGCCCUCACUCUUGUCCAGCGUGGCCAGCAUGAGCGUGCGCAUCAUCUUCUAAAUGAAACUAGGACCAUUCUCAAAGGAUUGGGGAAAGGCGGUCUUCCUCCCCUACCCCCGGCUGCCACCCAUCCGGUCAACAAACGACACAGUCCGCAGUCAAAGGCAGGGAGCCCGAGAGCUGCAACACCGGACCACGGCCGUGACCACAGCCCCCAUUCAGACACUAGUACACCUAUUCCACGCUCUACCAAUGUUGACCACACGAUCAUGAAUGCUCUCGACGCCGAUAUCGAAGCUAGCCUCGAAUGGAUCAACCACCCCGCCGUCUUCUCACGCGACUCUCGCAAAGCAGUCCUCCAAGCGAUAGGGGUGAUAUCAUCUCAACGGGCUUAUACCUUCCGAACUGCAUCCGAAUCUUUAUGGGCAGAGCGGGUCACCGGAGUCAAGAGGCUCACGGAGCAGUCGAGAGAAUGGAGGGAGACAGGCGACGACGCUCUGACUGAAGAGUAA